AUGUCGAAUGUCAACGCACUAAGGGCCACAACUCAACCAGUUGAGUCAUGGGAUGUGUGGUUAGUAACAUUGAUCUGUAGUCGCAUCGACAGCGCCACAGUGGCCGAGUGGCAGCUACACUAUAAUAAAAAGGACUUGCUAUCCUUUACUGAAAUCAAAUCGUUCUUGCUUAACAGAAUCGCUGCUUAUGAAGCUGGUGAAAUGAACAGCCACAAGGUUGGUUCCUAUCCAGUGCCUGUAAGUUUGAUCCCAUCAUUGUUCAACAAACAGAAACUUUCUAAAUUUAACGACAAGAAAAUUCUGUUUGCCAAAUAUAACGAAAGCAAACCUAAGUGUGUCUCAUGUAACUCUGAGAAUUACUUAUUUCAAUGUAUGAAGUUUAAAAAUUUGUCAGUUGAGGAUCGCAGAGAUGUUGUAUUCAAGAAUCGGUGCUGUUUCAACUGCUUGCGAUCUGAUCACCAAGUGCGUCAAUGUAGAUCGUCAUCAUGCACCCAAUGUGGAAAAAGACACAACACUUUGUUACACCUCAGCUAUGAUGAGCAGGAGGCAAAUCAACGCAAUGACGAUAACCAGUCAGUUCAGGGUUCAAGUAGUGCGCCAACCAAUGUAGUCGGUUGUGGUAUUGUAAACAGAACAGUACAUUGUAAGCCCACUAUUCAGGUUGUAUUGGCUACAGCUGUGGUUUAUGUGAAUGACGCAGCAGAUAACGUGAUGCUUUGCAGGGUAGUACUUGACUCAGGAUCACAGUUGUGUUUCAUCACUAACAAACUGGCUCGACGCCUCGGGUUACAGAUAGUCAACAAUACGGUACCUAUUACUGGUUUCGGGCAGUCAAAAUCAUCUACCAGCAAAUGUUGUAUGGGUACAGUGCAAUCUCGGUUUGUCCAGACACAGUUCCAGGUGCAACUUCAUGUGUUACCUACUAUCACCAGCGACCUUCCAACACAGGGGUUUGACACAAAUCAAUUAAACAUCCCUCGUGAAAUACAAUCAAGCUCAGCUGAUCCUGAGUACAGCAAACCUAGUACAGCAAACGAUUUCUUAAUCUUGAACAGAAAUUGA